GAAGUCGUUGCGGGAGAAGACAGUGACGGACGUCUCCACCAUGGACGGGAACGCCGCUGAGCUGGUCUCUGGCAGGCCCCUGUCGGACACGACAGAGCCCUCCUCUCCCGAGGGGAAGGAAGAGAGCCUGCCCUUGGAAGCUGCCCCAGGCACAAGAGAACUGGAUAUGCUGCCGAGGGACCUGCCGGGACCGUGCUCCUGUGAAAGUCCUGAAGCCGAGGAGCGUGCAGGGAAAUCUUCCAGAAUCCCUGAGGAUGACAUCAGGUUGAGAAAAAACAGAGACCAAAACUGUGCCAAUUUCUUGGAGCCAGCUACUGUGCUUGCUACAGAGGAAGAGAAAAUGGAAAUUGAAGUUCCAGUUUCUGAACAUAAAAGCAUCACCACAGUGGCUUCACCACAUCCCAUAGACAAUCCAACCCACUUCUUUUCCCCUGCUGCCAGCCACAAUGGACUUAAGGACAGGCAUGAAUCUCUGGACAGUGAAGUUGCUAAAGAGAUCAGAUACCUAGAUGAAGUGCUGGAGGCAAAUUGCUGUGAUUCUGCUGCAGAUAAUACUUUUAAUGGGACAUCCUCCCCUGAACCGAGUGCAGUCUCCAUUAUGGAUGGCUCAGAAGCAUCUGUUAAAGUCAGUGAUGAUUCAGUACCCAGUGAAAGGGAAGAAAAUGUAGCCGACAAGCAGGCACCCUUGGUAGUUGAACCACGUGAAGCUAGCAUAACUGAUGAGAACCUGAAAUCUAAUGGCCAUUCCUUGGGUGGACUGAAGGAAGACACUAGGGAAAGUCUAAAGGUGCCAGGAAGUCCAACGUCUUCAAACAGUUCUAUAAUAUCCUCUAAGGAUGGAGAAACAGCUCUUACAACCCUUAAGAAAGAGGCUAAGUUUGAACUGCGAGCCUUCCAUGAAGACAAAAAGCCCUCAAAGCUCUUUGAAGAUGAGGAAGAGAAGGAAAAAUACAGGGUCCGCAAAGUGAGACCAUCAGAGGAAAUGAUGGAACUUGAAAAGGAGAGAAGGGAACUCAUUAAAAGCCAGGCUGUCAAGAAAAACCCCAACAUUGCUGCCAAGUGGUGGAACCCUCCCCAAGAGAAGACUCUAGAGGAUCAACUGGAUGAAGAGCAUCUGGAGUCCCACAAGAAGUACAAGGAGCGCAAGGAGAGACAGCAGCAGCAAGGUGCAGCACCAACAUCCCCCAAACAGAUCAGCUGCUCCUUUGUACCAGAGCCAGUCAAUAUCAAGAAAGAGGAUAUUGUCACAGAGCAAAUUGACUUCUCAGCUGCCAGAAAGCAGUUCCAGCUGAUGGAGCAUUCAGGUCCAUCUCAGGGUCAGGCCACACCGAGGCGGUCAGGAACACCCAAAAUGUUCUCCAUCAAACCCUUCUACAAAAGCCUCAAUUCUCCGCAUGUAGACAGGCCACUGUCCUCUGUGACAAGACCUGUUUCAGUCUGUGGGCAAACAGGACAGCUUGAGGGUAACAAUGCCACUGUUGUCAAAGCACAGAAGGUCUUCUGUACCUCAGAACACGAUACAAGUGCUCAGACUACCGCUGCUGACCCAGUAAGAGAGUUACCAUGCAGUGAUAGCCCCAGAGUUGGACAGGCCUCAAAACUGUGGGCGGAGGAUGGAGAAUUCAUGAGUGCGAGAGCAAUCUUCACGGUGGUGAAGGAUGAUGGACAGGGCGUGCUAGACCAGUUCCCAAAGUCAGCCAGCGCCUCCUCCCCUCCAGAGGAGCUUGACUCUGGUUUGGAUGACUUGUCUGUCAGGUCUCAGGAUACCACCGUCUUGGAGACCCUUUCCAAUGACUUCAGCAUGGAUAACAUCAGCGACAGUGGUGCCUCCAAUGAGACCAUGAGCGCCCUGCAGGAAAGCUCGCUGGCCGAUUUCUCCCUGCCACAGACCCCACAGGCUGACACUCCGGUGGAGUGCAGGGGCGAAGGCAUCUCCAAGUCAUUCAGUGAUCCAGGUUGUGACUCGCCCUCCUCCACCUUGGCAGACUCCAUGCUGAUUGACGACCAGCUGGAGUACCACGCUGGCCUGCUGGUUCAAAACGCCAUCCAACAAGCCAUAGCUGAGCAGGCAGAUAAAGCAAACUGUAAGGAAGAAGAAAUCCCAGCGGAGGAGGAGAUCUCAGUCAAAGAGCAGCCAGCCACCACCGGGCCAGCUCCAGCCUCCAAGGAGCAGCAGAACCCAAUGUUUCAGCCACCCCAGGUGUCUUCACCUGUUCAAGACAAAAGGGACACCAUACCAAAGACUUCAAAAGAGGAAGACUCAGGACUCAGGGAAGGGAAGACUUUGCAGCAGUCGCCCGUGUACUCAGCCAGCCAGCCAUUCCUUGUGGAGGAAAAUAGGCACGAAGUCAGCUAUUUCAGCAAGUAUUCAGAGGCAGCUGAGCUGAGGAGCACCGCCUCCAUCCUGGCAACGCAGGAGCCUGAAGUGACCGUGGGCCCUUUCAAGUUACGGUCGAGGAAGCAGAGGACUUUGUCAAUGAUAGAAGAAGAGAUCAGAGCUGCCCAGGAACGAGAAGAGGAACUGAAGAGGCAGCGGCAAGGUCUGCAGUUGGCACCCAGCCCUGUUAUGAAGAGUGCACCACCCAUGCCCACCAGAACCGUGUCUUACAAAACUGCACCAGGAAAGAUAGAGAAGAUCAAGCCUCCUCCAUCCCCCACCACAGAAGGCCCUGUCUCGCAGUCUGAUCUGCCACCUGAGGAGCCUGCGGGAGCCCAGCGACCUAAGAACCUGAUGCAGACCCUCAUGGAGGAUUACGAAACACACAAAACUAAGAGACGAGAAAGGAUGGACGACAGCAGUGUCCUCGAGGCGACCAGGGUGAACCGCAGAAAGAGUGCUCUGGCGCUGCGUUGGGAGGCCGGCAUUUAUGCCAACCGGGAGGAGGACGAAUAACCACGCUGCAGCGUGAAGACAGCGACCAGGCACGCCGAAACC